AACGUCACUUUUAAAAACAAUGAUACGAAUGCUCGAAUAUUCUUUGAAACGUAUAGUUUCUACUGGAACGUUGGCUCUUUCAAAGGCUUCAGAUGUGGCUAACGCUUCUUCUCUUUCGAAUAUUAUUGGGUUAUGGCCUCGUUCAAACAGCUAUCUUCAGUUGUACAAACAGUCUUUACUAUUAUCCGGUAACCAUUGUUACUUUCAUAUGUCAUCAAUUGGUGGCCAAAGUUAUCGUAUCGACUCGUUUCACAACUUGGAUAGAUGUCUGAGAAAAGUUGUCAAUAUUCCACAUCGAAGUUAUUUUCUGAAACCACGUCAAGACGAAUAUAUUCACUUUGGAGGCAGAAGAGAGACAUUUUGGGAUAGAUGGUGGAGUCCAAAAGGUCUAACUGUAUUUGGAAUCAUCUUUGGUGGUUGUGGUAUUUAUUAUUAUGUUCAUCUAGAUUAUGCUCCUUACACUGGAAGAAGAAGAAUGAUAGACCUAACCCGCAACCAAGAAGUGAGUCUCGGAACACAACAAUUUCGUAAAGUAUUGGCUAUGGAAGCCAGUCACGUAGUUCCUUCUUCUCAUCCACUGUCUGUGAGAAUAUUACGUAUUGGUCAAAGAUUAGCAAAAGUGGCCGAUCAAAAGGACUUUCAUUGGGAAUUUGUUGUUAUUGAUAAACCAGUUGCCAAUGCUUUUUGUCUUCCAGGUGGAAAAGUGGUUGUUUAUACAGGUUUAUUACCCAUCACGCCUACUGAUGAUGCGUUGGCUUCGGUAUUGGCUCAUGAAAUUGGACAUGCUGUAGCACGUCAUGGUGCAGAGAAAUUGGCUUUUAUGAAAGUUCUAUUCAUUUUGCAGUUUAUCGUUAAUAUCUUUGUGAAUACUCAUGCUCUCAAUUCUUUCAUGAUCAACAUUCUUGCUAAUUUGCCUUUUUCUAGAAAGUUGGAAACGGAAGCUGAUUAUAUCGGUCUACAUUUGAUGGCCAAAGCAUGUUAUGAUCCCAGAGAGGCACCGCAUGUAUUUGAAAGAAUAGCGAAACGAAAUGUCAACAGUCCUCCGGAAUAUCUCUCUACUCAUCCAGCAGAUAAACAUCGCGUAGAAAGGUUACAGUCUUGGCUCCCACAAGUAUUGCCCGAGUAUGAAGAAAAAUGUCCAUUGAAACCUAAAAAGCAAAAAAGAUUGGACGACUUUUCAUCAUGGUUUGGACGUGAAGGCUUUGCAUAAUCAAAGGUCAAUAAUGGAGAUUCCCCCUCCAAGAAAUUCCAUUCUCUAGAGAAUCCUCCUCAUAUGCAUCGACCAUUGGACAGUUGUUGAUUUUUUUCGAAGAAAAAAUGUCCUUCAUUGCCCGCCUAAAUAAUAGAAGACUUGCCAUUUUUGGGUGGUGGUGGGGACUAACAGCUUUCCACUUUGUGUUACAGUAAAUAGAAAAAUAUUUCUCGUUAAUUUUUGUAUAGGGUUUAUUAUUCAUAGUUUGUUUUUUCAUAACAACGACUUUGUCGACGUCUUGUUUUGUUAUUGAAUAUUGGGUGAAAACGCAACAAACCCCCCUAUAUUGGUAUUAUCUAAGUGUGUUGGGUUGAAUAACUACGACAGAAAAAAAGGCUCAAGGAUAAAGAGUAUUGGUUGGUU